AUGGGAGACUCUAAUCUAACAUCUCUGGCCCAGACUUUUGCUGGUCGCCCGUCGUUCAUCCCAUUCUCACCCACAUUCGUCCCGCCGACCUCAACCUCGGACAACACGACGUCGACCGACAUGCCUAAUAGCGAGAGUGCAAGUCAUGGCCGGAGCGAGCCACCGGAAGGGAAGGUAGACACAGUUGGCAACAACGCAGAGCAUACGGCCAUGGCAGCACCCGUAGCGGAAGAUCUUAUGGACGCAGAGCCUGAUCAGUCGGAAAUGGCGCCUGCAAUGGCUUCCUCUGCGAUGAUGGAUCCCACACGGGCCAUAUCCUCCAUGCAGUCUACUACCAUGGUCGAUGUUACAAGCCCGAGCCAAAUGAAGGACAUGGCCGCUCCGAUGGCCGAACCCGAACCCGGACCGGGCCAGGGCGCACUGGCAGACAAUGCCUUAGUUACGGAGUACAACCGGCUGGUCGACUACCACACAAGGUAUCCCAACUUCUGGUCGCGUAUACGUGAGCCCAUCCGUGAGUUUGCAGCCGAAGCGCUCGGCACCUUCAUCCUCUGUCUUGCGGGCAUCGGCACGAAUCUUCAAGUUAACCUGGGCGCGCGCAGUGACAUCGCACCUUCUCCGCGUGGGGAUUGGGACUCUACUUCAUGGGCAUGGGGGCUUGGCCUGGCACUUGCCAUUUGGAUCGCAGGCGGUGUGAGCGGAGGUCAUGUCAACCCAGCCGUAACCCUGAGUUUCGCGAUCUUUCGCCGCUUCCCGUGGCGCAAGGUUCCCGCCUACAUCAUCGCGCAAGUCCUCGGAGCAUUUCUGGCUGGUCUCCUCUGCUACCUCAACUACGGCUACGCGAUCGCAAUCUACGAAGGCUCUCCCACCAUUCAUUCAGUUCCAGGCACCGCCUCGUUCAUAUCGUGCUACGCGCUCGACUAUGUCGCAAACAUGAAUGCAUUCAUCGACGCCUUCAUUGGCUCACUCAUCUUGAUGAUGGCUUUGUUUGCGGUUACCGACAGGUCUAAUGGCGGUGGCGUGAGGCGCGAGCUCGUACCUCUGGUAGCAUUUGCGGCGGUGUUCGUCGUCAGUUCUGGAUUCGGAUCCCAAACCUCAUUCGUUUUGAACCCGGCGCGCGAUUUCGGCCCUCGUCUGGCUACUUUCCUUGUCGGUUACGGCCCAGCUGUUUGGACAUAUCGGAGUCAGUAUUGGCUAUGGUGCAACAUAUGUGGGCCCAUUAUUGGCGCUGCCUUCGGAGGCCUUCUUUACGAGGUCUUCAUCAACGUAGGGCCUGACAGUGUGCUCAAUAGACCGAGCCGAGCAGCUCGACAAUACGCGUUCUCCACGGCCCGAGAGGCGACUGAUGAGAAGGCAAGGGCAGAAGAGAUGGCGUAG